UGAACAUCCUCCCUCAGCCCUGGGGAGAAGCAGUCUGAUCCAGAAUCUCCACGGGACACUCACCCCACUUGUGCAAGCCCCCAGGGCUCUGUCAAGGCCUCCUCUCGGGCUGUGGCACUCAGCAGGCCUCCUCCCCCAGAGGAGACCAGCUAUGGGGUGGGUCCUGGUGGCACUGCUGCUACUGCCUGCAGGAGUCCUGACAGCUGACGGAAACUUUGGGAUGCUGCAGCCAGGACACCUCUCUGCCAUUGUGGGAGGCUCCAUCGAAAUCCCUUUCAGCUUCUUCCAUCCCUGGGAGUUGGCCCAGGAUCCUGAGGUGAAGGUGUUUUGGAGAUGGAAGAGCUUCCACAGGGAGUUCAUCUACAACAUGACCCCACCUUUCAUCCAUAAGCAUUUCAAGGACCGGCUGGUCCUGAACUUCACAAAGAAUGGGAACUCGGGCUCCCUGUCCAUUUUGAACCUUCGGAAGGAGGACGAGACCAUGUACUUCUGCCGCGUCCAUCUGAAGACAAAGAAAAAGGGUGAGCAGCAGUGGCAGUCCAUCAAAGGGACCCAACUCACCAUCACUGAAGCCAUCAAGACCACCACCCAGAUGAAGACCACCACUGAGAGAAGCACCAGUGUAGCCUCUGAAGUUACCUCAGCUGGCUUCACAGUCUCAGAGUCUCAGCCCCUGAGUCUAGGAGCCAUUGUUGGGGUGGCAGUGGCCACUGCUAUGCUCAUAACUGGGGUGCUAGUACUGGUGGCCUUUCUCAGGUGGAGAAGGAAAGGCCAGACAACUACAGCCCAAGCCCCAGGAGGGGAAGUCUCUCAAAACACUGAGGAGAAAUAUGAAAAUAUUGCCUAUGAAAGACAACAAACAGAGCCCCAACAGAGCCCCAAGAAUGACAGCACUGUCUACGCUGUCCUCACCCUCUCCAACUCCUCCUCACCGAGAAUGCCUGCUGGCCCUCCGCUCCAUGGAAACACCCAGGAGGAGAUGACCCUGUACUCUGUCCUAAAGACCAAAUGAGUGAGCCUUAAGAGUCCUCCACUUUCUUCCCCACUUCAGUCGUGGGGCUUGAACUCUGGGCCUGGGCAAUGUCCCUCAGCUCUUCAGCUCCAGGUGAGCACUCUACCACU